CAAGGUCCAUACAAAGUAUCUAAAAUCAUUAUUGGCUAUUACAGCCACUCUCACAGUAUUUGAGGGCAAUUGAUGCUUACCGAAAUGUACAAUGGUUCAAAAUGGUCGAGCUAGAUUAGUGGAAGGCGUUAGACGAUGUGCUUCACAAAUUCUUAAAGUUAAGAAAAAUUUUCGAACCAUUUUAAGUGAAGGUGACCGUUAGCUGGACAGGCUGAUUAACAAGAUCGAGUUGCAACAAAACGACUAAUAAUUCCGACAGUGCAUUCAUUCGGCUUACACGCAAUCGACUUAGUGAAUCGAUGCAAUUUCCGUUAUUUAUUAUUCAUCAAAAAACGAAAAUUGGGUUUUAUUCCGGAAACGUGACUUAUUCACAUCAAGAUUUAUAUUUUAGAGCUAUAGAGAACAUGGAAAACAAGUUGAACAUGGCUUUUUUCACAAAGAAAAUUUCUUCACUUCGUUACUUUCUCGACAGUAACGAGGUAACUGGAUUAGUUACUUAGGUACUGGGCCGGUACACACUAACGCCGAGUAACUAAUAAACUCCGGGCCCUGCCAUUACAGUCUCCAAUUAGCAAAUGUAAUAUGUUAGUACACACUGUCGGCAUCUCCCGGCAGCUCUUGACGACUGUCUAUGAGUUGAUGCCCACUGUCGUUAUCCGCCGCCACUUCUUCAAGGGUGUUUGUGACCUGGUCCACACUGUCGUUAUGUGCCGACAGUACUUGAUCAGUGUUUGUGGGCUGCACACUGUCGUUAUGUGCCGACAGUACUCGGUACGUGUUUAUGGGCUCCACACUGUCGUUAUGUACCGACAGUAGGUGAUGGGUGUUUGUGGGUUGGUCCACACUUACUUGAUCAGUGUUUGUGGGCUGCACACUGUCGUUAUGUGCCGACAGUACUCGAUAGGUGUUUAUGGGCUCCACACUGUCGUUAUGUACCGACAGUAGGUGCUGGGUGUUUGUUGGCUGGUGCACACUUAGGUGAUGGGUGUUUAUGGACUCCACACUGUCGUUAUGUGCCGACAGUACUUGAUGGGUGUUUAUGGGCUCCACACUGUCGUUAUGUGCCGAGAGUGCUUGAUGAGUGUUUGCGGGCUGCACGUUGUCUUUAUGUGCCGACAGUACUUGAUGGGUGUUUGCGGGCUGCACACUGUCGUUAUGUGCCGACAGUACUUGAUGGGUGUUUGCGGGCUGCACAUUGUCUUUAUGUGGCGAGAGUGCUUGAUGAGUGUUUGCGGGCUGCACACUGUCUUUAUGUGCCGACAGUACUUGAUGAGUGUUUAUGGGCCGGUGCACCCUGUCGUUGUGCACCGACAGUAGGUGAUGGGUGUUUGCGGGCUGGUGCGCACUGUCGGUAUCUGCUGGCAGUUCUUGAAUAG